CCCAGCGCUGCCCCCCCGGUGCCGCGCCGGUGGAGCCUGAGGCCAACGAUCCGGCAGAGACCGCCACGACUUCUUUCAGCCCAGCGCCUUGCGAUUUUAAAAUCUCCCGGUCCGUUUCUUAUUUCCACCUGUCCUUGUCCCUCCUCUCAUGUGGUCCGGUUCUCCAUCUUGCUCUCGGUGACAAUGCGCUUCGCUCCUCUGCUCUGGUCCUUCGUGUCCUCCUCGCUGCUUGCCUCGGCCAACAUCCUCGAGAAUGGCCAGGAAAGAUUAAACCCGUGGCCCGGCCAGGCCCCGAACGUCUCGCUCGACGACUCCUGGCGAAACUACGACGCCGGUGCCCCGGAGAUUGCCUACAAGGGCCGCUGGGAUAGCAAACACAUCGGUUGGUGGUCAGCCCCUGGCUUCAAAACCGAAUUUACUGGCGACCGAUUGGCCGUGAGCUUCGGUGAACACACGACGGAGGGUGUUUUGGUGGCGUAUCGCAUCGGCUCCCUCGACUGGCUCUUCUCGAACGUUACCGCCGACACCACCUACCAGUUCGUAUCGCCCGAGACCGACGUGGGCGAGAAACCCGUCGGAGACCCCAAGGUCUUUGAGCUGCGAGUGACCAACUGGGGCCGGGGAGCUCAGAUCGCCGGUGUCUCUGUUGCCAGCGAUGCGCACCUCAACAGGGUUGAAAACUUCAAGCGACGAGUUGAAAUUAUCGGCGGUAGUCUCGCCUCUGGACAGUAUGGCACCUACGAGACCCUUUCCUCGUGGGCCUGGCUUUACGGAGCUGGACUCGGUAACGCUGAGUUCGACAUCACGGCCUAUCCCGGAGCUUGUCUCGCUGACAUGAAGUGCUACGGCGGUAACGUUCACGGCAUGCCCUGGUGGUGGCACCGCGCCUCUGACCCCGGUACUCGUGCCCGUGAAAUGUACGACCACGACCCCGAGGAGUUCGAUGUUCGUGGCGACCAACCCGCCGAUCUGGUCAUCAUCCAGAUGGGUGGCAACGAUCACCGUUCGCCCAACGAAAUCUCGGGCCCCGAUUUCUACCACGACUACAUCCGUCUCAUCGACGAUGUUCACUCGAUCUGGCCCAAGGCUGUUGUUGUCGUUAUGACCCAAUGGGGCGUCUGGACCAAGACCGGAACCGAAUACGUCCCCAACUCCGUCUACGAGUCCGAGAUCAAGCGCGUCCACGACCACUACAAGGAGAAGGGCUUCGUGCACUGGUUCGACACCGCCGGUAUCCUGCAGCACAACGACAUCAACCCCAAGAACCACCCCACAGAUGUCGGCCACAUCAAGCUGGCCAGUCACCUGCUGCAAUGGACCCGCAUGAUCAUGAGAUGGCCCCUCGAGCCCACGGGCGAGGUCCAGCACGGUACCGAGUACUGGAACAACAUGCAACAGUAUUAGACGAACUACGCUCGACUCGACAAACCCCCCUUUACCUUCCCUCUCAUCCUUUGGAAUAGGCUGUGCCGAUACCGAUGCCGAUGCCGACGCCGACGACUUUAUUCAUGUAUAUCAGUUCUCAGUUAAAAAGACUACUCACUAACUCAACCUCUUGCUCGGAUUCUGUUGGUAAUUUUCUAUAUUAUAUCGAGGUGUAUUUUGAUGGGAUUGGACCCGAUUGGAUGUUAUACAUAAGUGCGCUGCUUUUUGCGUCUCGUUUUUCUUUUGCUUUUUUCUGGAGAUUUGAUUCUUAUAUUAUAGACUUUUACCUUUUUCUUGUCUUUUUGGUGUAUUUACCUGCGUUUUCUGUGUCAAGAUAAGACAAGAUUCUGUGAUCACGGACAUGACAUAUAAUCCUGGGACCUUGGACCAAUAUUUAAUCUGACAUUUUAUUUGGCUG